AUGUCGCCAUCAAUGUCGCCCGAGGAUAACGCGGCCGACGGCCUUGAUGCCUCCAACGCGCGCCCCGACGACAACCCAAACGCCAACAUCCCCCGCCAGAAGCGUCUUGCCUGCUUGAUCUGCCGGAGGCGAAAGCUCAAGUGUGAUGGCCGCCGCCCCAGCUGCAGCACAUGUUCCCGUCUGGGCCACCAGUGCGCCUACGACGAGGUCCGGAAGAAGAGCGGGCCCAAGCGCGGCUACGUCAAGGCCCUCGAAGAGCGACUUAAGCAAGUCGAGGUCAUGCUCAAGUCACAGGACGCAGGCCCGGCCAGCUCAGCCGCUGGUGACACUCUCCAUGGUUUCACGGCGGGCGACACCCGUUCCGCCGGUCUCAAGUCCGGUGCAGGCCCGAAUGCGUCCAAGAACGGUUCCCUGUCCAAGUCUGGGAACGAGCGGUCGGCCUCGUCGACCACCGUGGGCAGUGCGUCUGGUGCCGGCGGCCGUGGUGAUUUCUCCAUGGCCGACCCAAACGCAAUGAAUCUGGCAGGAGGCAUCGGCCGUGACUUGGACACCUGGCAGUUCAAUGCCGAGUCACCACAACGCCCAGGCUCGCUUGAUGAUUUCAACUUUGGCAACCGCAUGGCCGGAAACAUGAGCGGCAUGGACAGUAACCCGACCUGGGAGAUUGUCCAGCUGAAUUUGGAAGAGCCUUUGCCUGACCAGGGUAUCAUUGAUGAGCUGACGGAGGUUUACUUUGACAAAAUCCAUCCGUCGCUGCCAAUGAUACACAAGGCCCGUUAUCUGGCCGCCAUGAACCUUUCUGCCAACCAACGGCCUCCCGUAUGCCUGCGAUAUUCGAUGUGGAUGUCUGCCUGCACAGUUUUGGACAAGUACAGCGACCUCAAGGACCUCUUUUACCAGCGGGCUCGUAAGUACCUCGAAGUUGACUACAUGAAGGGUUUCGGCGAGCACAUGAUCUCCGUCGCGCAUUGUCAGACGCAUGUUAUCUUGGCCUCGUACGAGUUCAAGAUGAUGUACUUCCCCCGUGCUUGGAUGAGCACCGGCCAGGCCAUCCGCCUUGCGCAGAUGAUUGGUCUGCACCGCCUGGACGGCGCCGGCCUAGAAGUCAAGCAGUGCAUCCCGCCGCCCCGCGACUGGACGGAAAAGGAAGAGCGUCGCCGCACCUUCUGGAUGGCCUUUUGCGAAGAUCGAUACGCUAGCAUCGGCACAGGAUGGCCCAUGACCGUGGACGAGCGCGAUAUCAGCACUGUUCUGCCCAGCUCCGAAGAAGCCUUCGAGAUGAGCCGCCCCGAAGCGAGCAUCCCGCUACAUGACGCCAUGUGCCCUUCGGGCAUUGGCCAACUCACUCCUUUUGCCGGCAUCAUCCUAAUGGCCUGCCUUUUCGGCCGCAACCUCACCCAUCUCCACCGUCCGGACAAUGACGAUAAGGACAGCGAUCUAAACGGCGAGUUCUGGAAGCGACAUCGCAACCUCGACAACAUCCUGCUCAACACUCUCCUCGGCUUGCCAGCCCAGCUCAAGCUGCCCGCCGGCUUGCAAAACCCAAACAUUGUUUUCACCAACAUGUGUAUACACACAUCGACGAUCUGCUUACACCAAGCCGCGAUCUUCAAAGCUGAGAACAACUCCCUCGACGAGUCCGUCAGUCCAGAAAGCAAGAUCCGUUGCAUCUCGGCAGCCAACGAGAUCGCCAGCAUCAUGCGCAUGGUCUCUCAUAUGGACCUGUCUACUAUGAACCCCUUUAUUUCCUUCUGCCUCUACGUUGCUGCGAGAGUGUUUGUGCAGUACUUGAAGAGCCGCCCAGACGAGAGCCGAGCCGCCGACUCGCUGCGCUUCCUUCUCACUGCCAUGAGUGCUCUGAAGCGCCGUAACCCGCUGACCGAGUCUUUCUUGGUGCAGCUGGAUGUUGACCUGGAAGCUCUCGGCGAGCGGAUACCACAGCUGAAGUCCGCUUUCCCCAUGAGUUACGAUAGUCCGUCAACAGGCGUCCCUCAGGGCGCAGCCAAUCGCCCAGGUGCCGUCUGCGAUGAUGGUGCCGUCGACGGCAUCCUUUCGUUCCAGAAGGAAUAUUCAAAGUCUGACAACGCAUCCAGCCAAGACAACGGCGACGACAGUUCAAAGGAUCGAGUUUCGGAUACAGCCUCCACGAGUAUGAAUAGCGGAAGCAGCAGGUUCCGGUCUAAGCCCACCAAUGAAGGUGUGGCUCCCUCCGCGUCUAACAACUGGGCCUUUUCAGAAUCUCGCCUGCCCACACGAGACCGCAGCAACGGGCAAUCACCAAUGUUCAACAUAGCAACUGGCGGUUUCGCGGAUCCCACCGUCACCAAUAUUUUGACGGCAAGCGGCCGACCAAUGGGCUUUGUCGACGAGAUUCAGGACAUGUCGACCUCACCAGGCGACGGCCUAUCCACGCGCCCGACGCCGAACUCCAGCAGUGCCUCCGAGAGCCGGCAAACCCUAGCGCCGCCACAACAGCCAGGUGCCAUGCACUCGGGCGGAAGCUCGUUUGACACCAGCCCCGUGUCACCACCUCGUGGUCUGGUUGGUGGGCAGCAAGCUUCACAAGUCGACCGCAGCUCGUCUGGUGGCUUCUUUGCCGCCGCCAACGGCGGCGCAGCCGACUAUGCCACUGGCCAACCAGUCUCUUCUGCGGCCGCAGGUAUAUCUAUGAAUGGCAACGGCGCCGGCUUAGGUGGCCUGAUGUCCGCAGAUCCGCCCUCAAACGACUACAUGAUCUCCGAGGGAUGGAAUAUGAAUGGGCAGACGGGCAUGACGCCCGUCUCGGAGGGUGUGCUCCGAACGAUUAUCAACAUGGGUCCAAUGGAAACCAUGGAUUUGGGUUGGGGCGCCAAUCCAUGA